AUGAUGGCCCAGCAGCAGGCGGUAUUAGGGGCAGUGGAGAGGGCCGCCGCCGCCGGCAGCGGAGGCGGCGGCGGCGGCAGGGCCGGCGUGGGGUCAUCGCCGGGGGGGAGGGGGCCGUCGCUGGUGCAGUGGUCUCCCGUCUACUCCAACUACUUCGCCUACUCCAGCGGGAGAGAGAGGAACGGCAUCGACCUCUACCGUGUCAGCUGGUCUGUUCCGGGGGGAGACGCCGAGCUGCCGGGGCCGAGGGGCUCCGUGAAUGAUCGCCGGCCUUCGGGCGGGGACCAGCAGCAGCAACAGCAGAUGCAGCAAGGGACAUACCGGGCGGCUUCGAUGACUUUUUACGACCCAAACGCACCUGAAGGCAGCGGCGGGAGCACAAUUGCCGGGCUGUCGUUGGCCGCCGCCGCCGCCGCUGCCGGCGUCAUGGAUCCUAGAGACCCUUCGUCCGCUGCUUCUGCUGCUGCGGGCGUAGCAGCGCCGGCGACGGUCCCGACGGUCGCGACGGCGGGAGCCGCGGACGCUGCCAGGGUGCGGCGGUUAGCCAGCGGAAGCGGAGGAGGCGGGGCCGCCGCCGGGGGCGGUGGGGACGGGGGAUCGUCGGCCGCGUUCUCCAGCGGCGGCGGCGGCGGCGGUAGUGCCGACGUAUUCGGCAACGUUUCCGGCCCGGAGAACCCGUUCGCAGGCGCGGGACCCGAAUAUCACCACCACCUCCAGCAGCAACUCCCCGCAGAAGGGGCGGUGGGCGGAGUCGUCGCCGGCGUUAGCGGUAGUGCCGCUGCGGUUGCAUCAGCAGCGGCGUCGCGAGGAGGAGCGGGGGUGGUGGGCUCCAACGCGCAGCCGUCCUACGGCGGCAGCGGUGGCGUGAGCGGGGGAUAUGGAAACCCUUUCGCUGGCGUUGACGGGGGCGGGGCUCAGGGGGCGGCGGGCGGGGGCUUCUCGCAGCAGCAGCAGCAGCAGCAGAACAUGCCGUUUCGGGCCGGGGUUGCGGGGACGGCGAGGGUUGCGACCGCGACGACAGCUGCCACCGCCGCCGCCGCUCCAGCGCUUGGCGGCGGCGGCGGAGGCGUUGUCGAUGGAGGGAUGGCCGGCGGUAGCGGUGGGGGGGAGUUCGCGGGGUAUCCUCUGGGCCCCCGGAAACCGUCUUCGGUGUAUUCUGAGCAAGGGAACGCUAGGAGCGUCAUGGCGGCGACAUCGGCGGCGGCCGCGGCGGGGUCGACGAACCGGGAGUGGAAGUACCACCUCGAAGGGAGAAGCAAGCGGUGGAAGAAGCAGAAGGACGGGCACGUGACUUGCAUGAGCUGGUUCCCGCACUCGGAAACGGUCGGCGGGGACGGCAUGGGGACGGGCGGCGCCGACAUCCGCAUGCUCGCUGUCGGCUACUCCAGCGGGAAGGGCGUUGUCCGUUACCGACAUGGCGGAAGGCAGAGCUGUUGUUGCAACUCUCGGCGAGGCGUGUGCUUCUUCACUGUCCUGGUCUUGACGACGCCGGGGGCAACACCACAUCACCUCGACAAUAUUUGCACCAACCAGAUCAUGUUCCAAGCAUGUCUCAACGUCACGCCAAGGGCGAUAUUUUAG